CCUGAUCAGUAUUUGCAAGAAGAGAAGAAGAAGAAGAUCAAAAGUUGUUAAAGAAGGGAUCAUUCCCUACAGGGCGGUUUUCCAUCUUCAGGGAAACCGCUCUACUCUUGUUCAUUCGUUUUCUUGAACCAACAACAAAAAUUUCGAUAUUCUACAAUUCAAACCGAAAUAGAACGAUUCAUUUUACUCGCAUGCAUUUAGAAUUAAUUAGAGAGAACACGUCCGCUAGUACCUGCAUAUUUUGAAUUGGGUUAUUUUGUGCCCAACCCAAGAUAUCAGUGUUUGUUUUUGAAAUAAAAAAGAAGAAGAAAUCAUGGGUAGAAUUGAUGAAUGCACAUCUCCUCUGCCUGGUGAAUGGAUGAAGGGCAAAUUGGUUGGAUCCGGUUCUUUUGGAAGUGUCCAUUUGGCCAUGAGCAAAUCCACAGGAGGACUUUUCGUUGUGAAGUCGUCGCAGUCUCGGGAUGGAGCGCUCGCUCUUGAGAAUGAGGCUAAGAUUCUCCACAGUUUGAAUUCCCCAUAUGUUGUUCGAUGUAUGGGGAUCGAAAAUGGUAAAGAGAAAUUGUGCAAUGUGUUUAUGGAGUACAUGGCAGGGGGUAGUUUAUCAGAUGUGGCUCAGAUAUUUGGCGGGGCUUUCGAUGAAGACGUGGUUCGUUUGUACUCGAGAGAGAUUCUUCAUGGUCUCAGGUAUCUACACGAAAAUGGGAUUGUGCAUUGUGAUCUCAAGUGCAAGAAUGUGCUCUUGAGCUCCUCCGGGAAUGUGAAGCUGGCAGACUUUGGUUGUGCUAAGAGGCUCAAGGACUCAAACACCAAGAAUGGGGGUAGCUCCACGCCUUCCACCACUGUUGGUGGAACUCCAUUGUGGAUGGCUCCUGAAGUUUUGAGGAAUGAAGGGCUGGAUUUUGCUUGUGACAUUUGGUCAUUGGGAUGCACCGUGAUUGAAAUGGCCACCGGAAGGCCUCCUUGGGCCGCUGAGAUAUCUGAUCCGAGAGCUGCUGUUUUGAAGAUUGCUUGCAGCAACGAGAGGCCUCAGUUUCCGAGACAGUUUUCAAGUGAGGGGUCGGAUUUCUUAGCGAAAUGCUUGGAGAGAGACCCGAAAAGGAGGUGGUCUGCUGAGCAACUACUUAACCAUCCCUUUGUCUCUGGAAAUCCAAUGAGAGUUUCAAGAAAGGGCGAGACAUGCUCACCGGCAAGUACUUUGGACGAUAUUGGAACUUACGAUGAGAGUUCUGAUUGUAGUUCUGAUCGUGGAAUGGAGAGCUGUGAGGGCAACGAGUUGACCAGCAGAAAUCCUUUCUCGAGGUGUUUUGAUGAAAGAAACAGAAGUACAGUAAGGCCUGAGUGUCACUUUGAGUCAUCUGAAAAUUGGAUCACUGUUAGAUAGAGUGAGAAAGAGCAGACGUGAUACUCUUUAGUCCAUACCACAGCACAGCACUUCGCAGAGCAGAAGGAAUUGUAAUGUUCAUAUUUUGUAGACGGUUGAUGAAGAUGGGCGGGUAUGUUUUCUUUCCAUUGUUGUACAGCUAAGCUAGCAAGUGGAAAGAGAUACGGGUCGACACUUCCCCCAUGGUAGUAUUCAUUUCAUUUGGUAUCUUGUACACUCGUAGAUUUGCAGCAUAAAUUCAGAUUAAUCUCAACCAGUCUCGUUGGACAGGCGUUUGGAAAUAGGUUCCAUUACAAAAUUAGACUAAGGAAGAACACAAAUGGAUGAUUGAUGUGGAUUUUUUGUAGGUUAUAUAAGAUUCAAUAUGUAAUAUAACUGGACUCAGUUUUUGAUAUAUAUAUAUUCUCCAGAACUUCUUGUCU